UUUCCGGGUCAGGGCGGGGUUGAAAUCGCCCCGCUCUUCGCCUCCCCCUCCCAGACCCGCCGAGGCCGCCGCAGCAGGAGCAGCAGCCGCAGCCCCUCCGCCCUCCUCCCGCCGCCGCUAUCCCGCCCGCCCGUCCCGGCUCUCUCCCUCCCCCCGUCUCCUCCCUCCCCCUCCGAGGGGGCCCCUCCUCCCUCCGCCCGCCCCGGAGACCCCGUCACCCGCCCUCCCUCCUCCCGCUCCCCCCUUCCCCGUCCCUCCGUCUACGGAGCGGCCGAUCGGCCGGGCGCUCGGCCACCCCGCCGCCAGUUUCUAUCCCCCAGCGACCAAAGAUUUGACCACUGACAAAGCCUGACUCGUCAGAACACAGCUCAAGAUGGACACCGGUGUUAUUGAAGGUGGUUUAAAUGUCACACUUACCAUUCGACUACUUAUGCAUGGAAAGGAGGUUGGGAGCAUCAUUGGGAAGAAAGGAGAAUCUGUAAAGAAGAUGCGUGAAGAGAGUGGUGCCCGCAUUAACAUCUCUGAAGGGAACUGCCCAGAACGGAUCAUCACUCUUGCUGGACCGACCAAUGCCAUCUUCAAAGCAUUUGCUAUGAUCAUUGACAAACUGGAAGAGGACAUCAGCAGCUCGAUGACCAACAGCACAGCUGCCAGCAGGCCCCCUGUCACCCUGAGGCUUGUGGUACCUGCCAGCCAGUGUGGCUCCCUCAUUGGAAAAGGAGGCUGCAAGAUCAAGGAGAUAAGAGAGAGCACAGGGGCGCAGGUCCAGGUGGCAGGAGACAUGCUGCCCAACUCGACUGAGAGAGCUAUCACCAUUGCUGGGAUACCACAGUCCAUCAUCGAGUGCGUCAAACAGAUCUGUGUGGUCAUGCUGGAGUCUCCCCCGAAGGGUGUUACCAUCCCAUACCGACCCAAGCCAUCCAGCUCUCCGGUCAUCUUUGCAGGCGGUCAGGACAGGUACAGCAGCGGCAGUGCAAGCUACCCCCACACCGCCCCAUCAAUGUGCCUCAACUCUGACCUGGAGGGACCACCUCAAGAGGCCUAUACCAUUCAAGGACAGUAUGCCAUUCCACAGCCAGAUCUGACCAAGCUGCAUCAGUUGGCAAUGCAACAGUCACACUUUCCAAUGUCUCAUGGCAACACUGGAUUCAGUGGCAUUGAAUCCAGCUCUCCAGAGGUGAAAGGCUAUUGGGGUUUGGAUGCAUCUGCUCAAACUACUUCUCACGAACUCACCAUUCCAAAUGAUUUGAUUGGCUGCAUCAUCGGGCGUCAAGGCGCCAAAAUCAAUGAGAUCCGCCAGAUGUCUGGGGCGCAGAUCAAAAUUGCCAAUCCAGUGGAAGGAUCUACUGACAGGCAGGUUACCAUAACUGGAUCUGCAGCCAGCAUUAGCCUGGCCCAGUAUCUAAUUAAUGUCAGUUUAGAAAGCGCUAAACCCUCCUCCCAGACAGCCUCCGUCACGAUCCCCGAUCACCUCAGCAUCAACCUCUCUCAACCCUCCACCCCUUCUUCUUCUUCCUCCUCCACCACCACCCCCUCACUUGCGACAGCAGGGGUCUCCGACGCACCCUCCAGCCUCCCCAACCCUCUUCCGACCGCCCCUUGUGUCUCCAGUCUGCUUGGCAUGAAACCCGUCCCUCUCCUGGCUCUAAAUGUUGUGUCUGCUGCUAAGGGUGCCUCCACCACCUCAGCUAUGCCAUGUGUUACUAACAAACUGAAAACGGAAAAACAGAGAUUCUCUCCUUAUUGAAUGUCUGCUUGUGACCGUAAAGGAACAGCAGAUUGGUGUCAGCCUGGGGAUCCCGUAGAGGAGCCUUGGAAGAAUUUUUUUACUUCAAAAAAAAAAGUGAGCUUGUGAUUUCUUAGAAUGGAGUUUUCUUUUUGCUGGUGACCUUGAGUAGGUCGAGAGACAAUUUAACAAGUCCUGGAGUCUAGUGAUCUGUUUAAUUCCUUGAUUUUAUGUAGUCAUAGCUGUUGCUUUCAGUAGCUUGUUUGCAUUGCUACAUGAAGAAAAUGUGAUAGGAGGGUCUGUUUAAUGAAUAAAAGAUUCUCAAUUACUGCAUUUUGGUUAAGUUGCUAAAGAGGCUGAUCAGCCAAACCUGUCUCUGAUGUCUGUACUUGUAAUAAAGUUGCCACAGAGUAUCUGCUCUGAUAGCUGAUGUGUGCUGAAAUGGAGGGGGGACCAGGAAUUACAUCUCCCCGUGUGAUAGGGACAAAUCAAGCUGUGCACCUGACAAUUGUCAGCAUGCCCUUGACCUCUGGUUGGACUCUAACCAUGUUCAGAGUUGAGCAAUGAGAUCAAAUGUAAAUCCCCUCCCCUGUGCUGGAUUAACAUGGCCAUGGGGGAUUCCUAGACCGCCUUUAGAGGCAGAUGUUGGUAGCCCACACUUCUCCUAAUCAGUACCAUGAGGAAGAUAUGCUCUUAUUCAAGGGUAGGGAGCUAAAACUCCUAGCUCUUUGUGAGGUCGGCAGUUAAGCACCCCAGCAUAGUUUGAAUUGCCACUUGUCAUUGAAGCAAUUUGUUCUAGAGCAGUAGUCUUGAACAGUUUUGCUUUUCAGACCCCUACAAUUUUAAAUGGAGGUGCAGACUUCUUUGGGAAUAUUAGAUCCCAGAUUGAAAACUACUGUUCUAGAGGAAUCGUACCCUAACUCUUACAAUUCCCCCAGCAGCUCUGCUCACACCCCAUAAAGCACAGAAUGGCUCUGGGGGGCCUGGAGGUCAAGCCACAGGACUCCCCCAUCCCAGACAGAACAAACCAAACAAGACUGUACUAGUGUUAAGACAAAUGGUAAAGCUGGAGACAUGCAAACUGUACCACAGCCAGCUGUGGGUUAAAGGCCUUGUGCCUUGAGACCCUAAAGGCACCAGCUGCCUCUGAUUCGUUGUCCCAGAGCCAUUUCAUACCUGUGAGCCCUGGGCAGUCCAGUCUGGAAACAGCUGUUGCAUACCUCUGUCUCUGAAAUAGAGAAAUCUGACUUGGGACACUCCUUCCCUGCAAGCACAUACCACCUGCCUUCCCUGGGAGUUGGAAAUGAUCCAUUAGCAUUCCUUCUGCUCUGUAGGUUAUUGGCCUGUGACUCGGGUGUUGUGAUGCAUCCCAUGGCAGAGAGGGACCAAAGUGGCUGUCUUUAUGCUCCUUGAGGGGCUAGUAGCUGGUGGUGGCCCCUGGCCUUUUGUUACAGUAGUUCAGUGAGUCUUGCUCCCUUCAAAGAUACAGAAUUCGUCUCCCCUCUGCUGGGCCUAGGUCACCACCUCAGUAGCCUGGGGCUGCCACACUUAACCCUUCAGAGGCUGCCUUUCAGUGGGCUGUCGGGCACUUUUGAAACUAAACCCUGAGGCAACCAUGUGACUCUGACCAGUGCUGCUUGGAACUUGCUAGAUUG